AUGUACCCUCAGGCGCGACGCCAGUAAAAGGAAAGAAGUGGGGCGCAUGAAAAGGGUUAAAAUCUGAAACCAGCGGCACGGUAACAGAGAAGAGAAAGAAGAGAAGAGAAGAGGUCAAAAGGUGGGAAAUGAAAGGAAAGAGAGAAAGAGACACCUGUGUACUGGUAUCUGCGUAUUUAUGCUCUCUGUUCUCUUCUUAGUUUCUCAACUUUCUUUCUCUGAAAACACUACGACAUUUGUAAUCGCCAAUGUUCCCUACUCUUUAACUUCUCUCUACACCUCUUUGGAUCUUCCUUUCCCCCACCAUCUCCUCCUGCUUCUCCUUUCAUAUCCUCCCCUCCCUCUUUUAGUUCCACUUCCUCCGUUGUUUCGUCUCUUUCGUUCUUAGCCUGUCCGAUCGCCCGAGAUCAAGUCUCGUUUCAUAUCAACGACGCCGAUUUUGCGUUUGAUUCGUCCGUUCAUUCCAACCGCGGUUAUGUUUACACCGUCGAUUCCUGCGCCGGCGGGUUCCGGAGCCGUAGGUGGCGUGCUGUGUCUUUGAGGGAUUUCGCUGUUAUUCGCUGGUCAUUUAGCGGAACUUGGGUCCUUUUAUGGGCGAUACUCGGGAUUGGUUGCCUGAACCAAACGGCGCCGUUUUGGAUCAGAGGCCGCCAUCGUCUUCGUCAUCGCUGUUCUCGUCGAAUCAAACGGUAAUUGGUGCCGUGUACUGGCAAAGAGCCGAGGACGCUACGCAGGGGGUCAUAGCCCAGGUUCAGCCCACUGUUGUCUCUGAAAAUAGGAGGAAAGCGGUCAUUGAUUACGUGCAGAGGCUCAUUACAAGUUGCCUUGGUUGUGAGGUAUUUCCCUUUGGGUCUGUACCGCUAAAGACCUAUCUGCCUGAUGGAGAUAUUGAUUUGACUGCCUUUGGUGGUCUAAAUGUGGAGGAGGCAUUGGCCAGCGAUGUUUUUUCUGUCCUUGAAAGAGAAGAUCAGAAUGGGGCUGCAGAGUUCAUAGUAAAGGAUGUCCAAUUGAUUCGUGCUGAGGUUAAGCUUGUAAAGUGUCUUGUACAGAACAUUGUGGUUGAUAUUUCAUUCAAUCAGCUAGGAGGGCUCUGUACGUUAUGCUUUCUUGAGCAGGUUGAUCGCAAGAUUGGCAAAGAUCAUCUAUUCAAACGUAGUAUUAUCCUGGUUAAGGCUUGGUGCUACUACGAGAGCCGUAUUCUUGGUGCUCAUCAUGGCUUGAUUUCUACAUAUGCCUUGGAGACUUUGGUUCUAUAUAUUUUUCAUCUUUUCCAUGCAUCCUUAAACGGUCCUCUAGCAGUUUUAUAUAAAUUUUUGGACUAUUUUAGCAAAUUUGACUGGGAAAACUACUGCAUCAGCUUGAAUGGUCCAGUCCGCAUAUCCUCACUGCCCAACCUUAUGGCUGAGACACCUGAAAAUGAUGGCAGUGAUCUACUGCUCAGUAGUGAUUUUCUCAAGCAAUGUUUAGAAAUGUUCUCAGUUUCCUCAAGGAGCUACGAGCCUAAUUCAAGGACAUUUCCACCGAAGCAUCUGAACAUAGUUGAUCCAUUAAAAGAAAAUAAUAACCUUGGCCGUAGUGUAAGCAAAGGAAACUUUUACCGAAUAAGGAGUGCUUUCACAUAUGGUGCUCGGAAGCUUGGGCGUAUCCUCUCCCAGCCAGAAGUAAACAUUGACGAUGAAAUCCGUGAGUUUUUCUCUAACACGUUGGAUAGACACGGAAGUAGGCAGAGGCCUGAUGUUCAAGAUCCUGUCCUGGCGUCUGGACAUGAUAUGUUUGGCACCACAUCAUUAUUUUCAGAUACAGAUUCACAAGAAGAUCAGACAAUUCAUGAAUCAGAACAUUCUUAUGUGAAUGGCAUGACAGGGGAAUGUAGGUUGGGUUAUGAGGAAUUGAUGCAUGGUGGGCUCACUAAUAUUAAGACAUCAGGGGCCAGUAUGAGCUUUGGCAGAGCCUUGAAUGAACCAAAAAGAAGCACUACAAAUGCAUCAACCUCUUCCAUACCAGACUCUGAUGGUUCAGGAAAUGGGAUUACGGUUUCAGAACACCAUCUUUCAGGGGAUGCCAAAGACGUUGCUGCCUCCAGAAUACAGGGUCUUACAAUUUCAAAUGAUGCUACCAAAUCCCCCCCUUCAAGUCGUGAGAACGGUAUAUCCCCUUUGGAUAAAGCACAUCAUGCACCUUAUGGAGAGGGACGUGAAGGUAAAGAAUGGCCAGAAAAUUCUGGUUAUGCUGAGAAUGAUUUUUCUGGGCUUCAGCAAGCACCGCACAAGGAGAAACCCUUGAUUACUCCUUGUGGCCUGGAUGAUAACCAGUUGGUGAGUGAUAAGCACAGUUUGUUGUCUGCUGGGUCGAAGCACCAGCUUUCAUGUUUGAGCUCAGUUGCUUGGUCCUCAGAAGAUCUUUAUCCUAAUCGUCCUGCUUACCGGGCGUUAAAUGGCACUUCUGGGAAUCCUGAAGCUUUGAACUCUUUGUCAGAUCUCAGUGGGGACUAUGAGAGUCACCUUAACAGUUUGCACAAUGGUAGGUGGUGCUACGAGCAUGCCUCGAGUGCAUCUAUUACUCCCAUGUCUCCACUGUUGGUUCCACAGCUCCAUGGCAAAAAGCCAUGGGAUAUAAUCCGACAGUCUGUCCAGCUAAAUAGGAAUGUGUUUUCCCAGAUGAACGCCAACAGUGUUGUCCCAAGGUCAGGAUUCUACCGAAUGAACCUACCAAUAUUGCCCAGUGGUGUGGUAUUUGGUACGGAAGAGAUGCCAAAGCCACGAGGAACAGGGACAUAUUUUCCAAACACGAACCAUUACGGGGACAGGCCCUUGACAGCAAGGGGAAGAAAUCAAGCACCAGUAAGGUCUCCUCGGAACAAUGGAGGUGCCAUCUUAACCCCCGAGUCUAAUUGGUCCGAGAGAAGCAACCACGAGCUGGCACAAGCACAAUUGCCUGUUUAUGGUAGUGGAAAGUCCCUGCCUUCAUAUCACACCUCCGGUUCUCCUGGAAGGAACGUAUACUCUACUGCCAAUGGUUCUUUGCAUCCGUCUGAGAGAGCUGUUGAAUUUGGGUUGAUUGAGAACCUGCCAGUGGACGGAUCUUUGCUAGAAAGGAGCGGACAAAAGAACUAUGGCUCAGUGCUUGCUCAAGACUCUAGUGGAAGCCUUCCUUUGCCAGGGAUGCAAAGCCCAAAAGCUGUAGUGGAUAUGAAUCAAGAGAGGAUUGGUGUACAAUCAUACCGUUUGAAAGAUGAAGAUGAUUUCCCACCUUUAUCUGUCUGACUGCAGCGAGAAGGAAUGAUGGUUUGUAUGUAUGGUUAGAUUUUGAAUGAUUAGAGAAGUAAACGCUAACAAAGCAUAGCCUAUGCCCGGGCUCUCAACCUAUAUGGCUGCUUCAUAUUCAUUUGGAAGCUCAAAAAUGGAGUCCCUUUACCGUUUUCCUCUUUGUUGCUCAAAAGCAUGUACAUUUUACUGAUUGUUUUUUUGCCCUCUUCAAUCUUGGUAGCUGUGUUUCACCGAGAUUCUAGAAUAUAGAAGAAUGUUUGAGAUAUGGCUUUGCCCCAGGUUUUGUUUUCUAUGUAGUUAAAAAUUACAAACAAAACAAAAAGGAAAAAGAAAAAAAAAUGUUUCUGAUGUCGGAUGUAACUUAAUAUAGAAAUUGUUUUGCGCAGUUGUAAUUAUGUAACCUUUUGGUUCUUAUACCAUUGGAAUUGGGGUA